AUGUCUCUGCGCCCAAGCAGCUGCGUAGGGAACAUAACGAGUUUCCCAAGCUGUGACAGUCUUGGUGGCAUUCUAAAAAAGUGUAAUCUUGUCACGGGAAAGCAGGAAUCAAUUGACUGCUUCUGCACGCAAGAAGUCCUAGACGCCUAUGUAGGGUGCGAGGGAGAAUUUAGACAGUGCGCCUUGUCCGAUUCAUUCGAUAGUGAUUUUGAGACAGAAAUCGCGAAUUGGCAGGAUGCUUGCGGUCCUUAUCUCCCAAAGGAUAUCACAACCGCGAGCAUUGCUGAGCCAACAAGAACUUUGGAUCAAGACACCUGCCAAACCAUUGCUGAGAGCUGCUACCAGCUAAGCAAAGCUACAGACGCCUGUUCAUCUUCUUAUACCAAGCCCGUGGAUUAUACUAGUUGCAGAUGUGAGAGUUCCAUGAUUUCUCUGGCCUCAGUUUGCGAAAUUGAUGGGAGCUCGUCGUGUCUUGGGAAAACGCCUAUUACAUCUCGUAUCUGGGAAUUUCAAAAUUGCGCAGCGGUCACUGCAUUUACAUCUGCUCUGGUGAGCUCGGCUCCGAUAACCACAAUGCCAGGAAGUACUGAGGCAAAAGAAGGGCCUGCUUCGACAUUGGUCUUUGGGCCAUCUUCGACCAUGACCACAACGUCUUCUAGUGGUGCUGUACCUGUAUUUAAGAAUGCAGGACCAUUUUGGACGUCGUUUGCCUUUAUCUUGCCUUCGGUAGUUUUGUUUUUACCUUGA